UUUCUUCCAAGCUACUUAGACCUGGAUCACUGAGACCUUUCAAAGACAUACAAUAUAUGAAACAAAGUGAAGAGAUGAAUGCUUUACAGUGGCUUUUGCUGUCCAUGUGCAUUUGCUCCAAAGUGACUCAACCUGAAGCUUCAUCUUGGACUGCUGCUGUGCCAUCCUCAGUGAAAGGUCUCCUUGGAUCAUGUGUGGUGAUCCCCUGCUCUUAUAACUACCCAGAUCCAAAAACCAAUACCACAGGCUUUACAGGGAUUUGGUACAAUGACAAUAAUCAAGUCAUCUGUCAUUCUGAUGCAUCUCAAACUCUGGAUCAGUUUCGGAAUAGGACAAAGCUGCUGGGAGACCUCAGCAAGAAGAUUUGUUCUCUGAUGAUAGAUAAUCUUCAAGAAAGUGAUGGAGGGACUUUAUAUUUCCGGAUUGAAAUUAAAGGCUAUGACCAGUACUCCUACAAAAAUAACAAAGUCUCUAUUUCAGUCAGUCAACCCGAUUUAUCUGUGCAAGAGGAGGUAAAGGAGGGUGAGAAUGUGUCUGCAUCCUGCUCCGUGUUUCACUCCUGCCCCACAUAUCCACCUUCUUUCAUCUGGAGUCACUCUGGAGAGCAGCAAAAUCAAACACAGCAGCUUCACGAAGGCCAGUGGAACUCAACAUCUACUUUGACCUUUCGCCCAAACCGCUCUGAUCACAACAAGCCUUUAAAAUGCAAAAUAACAUACCAUAGAGGGCUGUACGUGGAAACAUCUAAGAUACUUCAAGUAAAAUCUGCCCCUGACAUCAAGACUUCCUCAAAGUGCUCCUCCGAGAACGGCAUCAUAAAGUGUGACUGUAUCGUUGAGUCCGAGCCUCCCAGCAUGGUCUAUUUUAUUCUUGGUGACAGAGUCCUGCAAAGCAGCAAAGUAGACAUAAAUGGCUCUGUUACUACUGGGACUCUGCAGACAGACUUUGGGUCCUUCAGGCGUGUGCAGUGCCUGGCAAACAACAUGCUGGGAUAUGACAACAUCUUACUCUCUUUACCUGUUAAUGUCAACAUGCAGAAUAUUCUUAUCUCGUCUGGAGCAGGUGUGAUUUUGCUGAUUAUUCUGAUAGGAAGUGGAGUGGGAGUUGUUAAAAAAUGCAGGGGGAGAUCAAGAGACACAACAACCACUAACUUGAGCACCAUGAUGUCAGACAGACCUGUGGGGUUCCCUCAUAGUGCCCCACCAAAAAGAAAAAACAGCUGUAAGGACAUCCCUUGCCCUGACAUGCACAACAACUCUCCUGUCUAUGGCAACACUGACUGCGAUGAGUCAAUAUACAACAAUGUGUAGCAUGUGGAAAACCAGCUGCAGUCCAUGUUUGUGUCUUCUGAUAUGAAUCAAGAAAAACAUCCUUGCGCAACUUUAUUGCAUAUUUCUAUCAUAGGUUUUUCACACUUUCUUUGGAAAAUAGAGUAAGUAAAUAGUAUUUGUUAAAAUGCUCUUGUUAAUCUCAUCUGAUUUGAGACAACAUUUCCUUUGGCUUAUCAAAUGAUAUUCUUUAAAAAAUUACCAAUAACGUAUUGUAAAAUUCUUUAAGUUGCUAGGUUGCAAAGGUUGCAGAUUUUAAAAAAUUCAAUCGCCGAAUUAUUAUUAUGAAGUAUAUAACAUAUGACAUUCUUUUUUUCACAAAUGUGUAAUUCACAUUUGUACAUUCUUACUGUAGAUUUUUACAAACCUACAGUAAGAAUGUACUCAUGUUCAAAAUUAUCGCAACAUAUUGUCUGAUUAAAUUAUGUAUAAACUUGUCAAAUUAUUAAAAAUGUUUUGAAACUGUGUUGUUCAUUAUUUAUACUCAAUAUCAUUUUUCUUUAUUAUUACCUUUGUUAAGAGCUGUUAUGGGUUAUCAAAUACAACAUCAGUCAAGUUAUAUGAUAUUGGUCUAUCAGCACAGGUCUAGUUGAAGGAUGUUUGACCUUCAUGGGGUAAGGGUAUUUGUGGAGAAUAACUAUAGAGUAGUCCUGGGCAUUUAUGCAAAAUGAAAUAAAGAACAAAAAAAGUGUGUUAUUCAACCAUAUUUCAUGUCUUACACAAUCGUUUACA